AUGGAUGUCCUGCCUCCGCCAGACUACCCUCCGGUCAAGCCGAGCGAGUACCCUCAAAUUCCAACACGAACGCCACUAGUGACUCUUGAUACAUUGCAUGCUUCCUGCGUCAGUGGUGAUAUCCAGAAAUUUCGGGAGAUUCUUGACUCACAAAGUUCUUCGCCGGAGGGCUUUGACAUAGGCGACUUCUAUGCGAUAAUGAUCGCAGCCAUCGAGCGAGAUGAUGCGCAGGUCAUCAAAGAGCUUCUUGAUCGCGGCUUGCCCAUGGAUCCACUAUAUGCAUUGGAAGCCGUCAAAGUGAAGGGGAAGGAUGCUCUGAAAGCUUUCCCCCAAAAUGGAUGGGAUAUCAAUCAGCCCACGAGCGAGCUUAAACCUCCCGUACUAGGUUAUGCUAUUGCAGAUGAGGAGAUGGCAGCUUGGCUCCUUGAUCAUGGAGCUGAUUCCAAUCGGCAAUGCGUUAUUGAUCUCACACCAUUCUCCUUUGCUGUCCAAAGUGCCCCAAUAUCCGUGAUUCACCUCAUUCUCAAACAUGGCGGAGAUGUUCGGAAAGGCCAGCUUCUUCAUCAUGCAAUCGAACGUCGAUCGGACACCAUCGAGGUCUUAAGGCUUCUCCUCGAAAAAGGAGCCCCAAUUAAUUCAACUAUGUACGAGAAUCAUUAUCCUUCUCGGGCGUUAUUCCAGUUUAUGAGUCUCGGAACCCCCCUGCACAAAGCAUCUGAACUCGGCAAAGCUGACGUGGUGCAAUACUUGCUCGGCGAAGGUGCCAGCCAGAGUAUCAAAGAUGCAAAUGGUUGUACAGCUAUGGAGUGUGCGCAAAUGUCGAGCCAAUGGGAAGUCAUCGAGGCGUUAACAACGGGAUGUAGCUCGUCUGUUCCGUAUUCAUUUUACAUGUUUUCACCGCGCUUCCCCAUUGUUUUCCACGCUUAUAAGGCUCUUGGCCUCCGUGCCGCCGAUUCACUCGACUCUCGAAUCCCGAACUUGGGUCCUGCCUUCCUGGGUUUCCAUUUUGUUUGGGCAUACGGCGUCCUCUCCUCGCGCACCCUGAAGCAAUGGUACGGCAUCGACCACCAAGCAUCACCUCGUGAGGACCUGGUCAAAUAUGGAGAUGCAGCUGUGCGAGACGGCAAAAUCACCCGCAAACAACUGAACAUGCUUAAGCGCAAUGAAGCGGCCCAUGCCAACUCGGUCGAAAACUACUCUCUACUCGUCGGCAGUCUGCUGUUUGCGUCGUAUGCUGGCGUUCCCGCGCAGACAAUCAAUGUGGCGGGCUUAUCGUACACUAUCGCUCGCAUUCUAUACGGGGCGGUCUAUAUCUUCAUUGACAGCCCGAAAUGGAGUUACACUCGUGCGGUGGCGUGGUGGUGGGGCAAUGUCAGCUGCUUCACUCUUCUGUAUCAGGCUGGAAAGCUUCUGAGUGUCUGA